UGUGAAAACAGCAGUAACUUGAUAGAAAACAGGUUUGUUUACGUGAUGGGUUUCUGUGGCAACUCGACGUUUUGGGACACCAACCUGACCCUAAACGCCAGCUGGCCGAGGUUGAGCCAAUGCUUCCAGUCGACGGUCCUGGUCUACGCCCCUGCCGGCCUGCUCUGGUUCAGCAGUUUGAUUUACCUGCCCUACCUGUUGUGUCGCGAGACCCCGGUCUGUGGACCCAACACCUGGCUAGCCACCACUAAAACGGUUCUCUCUGUCCUGCUCGCCUUGACUACCACAGCCGCCGUCGUCAAGGAAGUCUUGCAUCCCUUCUCGUGGUCAGGCCAAGACGAUGACUUUCAGGCAAUUGAUACUUCCAGCACUGUCUUCUCUGUUGCCAAGAUUGUGGAAGGAUUAAGUUUUAUACUUACAGCUGUUCUAGUACAAGUAGAAAAACGCUGUUGUAUAGUGAGAUCAGGAGUGCUGUUCUGUUAUUGGUUAAUGCUCACGGUGUGUGACGUCAUCCCUAUCUAUACUUACGUUAUACUAAAGACUUAUCUUAACUGGCUAUAAAAAAGCUCUCACUUCUGAAGACCUUUGGAACUUGAACCCACGUGACUUGUCUGAAACUGUUGUUGGUAGAUUCACUACAGCCUGGAAUAGCUGCAUCAGGAGAAUAUAGUAUGAAAGAUGCUAAUAAAAAAUAAAAAAUUCGUUAUCUCUGGACAAAAUAUCUCAUUGUAAAAUAUUAUAGUUUCUUUGAUGAUUUUAGUCGAUUUACACAUUUUUAAUGGUUGUCAUAUUUUGUUAGCUUUUACACAUAAAAAUUGUGAGAAAAUGUUUGUCGCAUAGGUUUGUCGCGUUACAUUGAACAUUUUAAAAUUGCGAUUAGUAUGAAUAUUAUAAUUGUAGGUAAACAGCGUAGGUGUGCUUGCCAAUCAUUAGACAAUCCUAUUACAUUAGGCGAACGAAACUAG